AUGCAGAAAAAUAAGCCGACACGCAAGAAAAGCAGCUCGACAACAUCUUCGGAUGUCAAAUUACCAAAGAUACCGAAAAUUUCCAUGCCGGAAGACUUUAAAAUAAGAACACGGCCAUUAUUUUCCUUACCGGAAGAAGUUUUAAAGCUUCCUCCACCGACUACCAAGGCAACAAAACUACAAGCGUCGAAAGGUCCAAGUCGAAAGCAGUCUAGUGUCAUGCAAAGUUUUACUGCCAUGAGGAAAGCCCGCGAGGAAUUUAGAUUAAAACUUGUUAAUUUGAUAUGCCAGUCUGAUCCGGACGAGGAACAAUCUGGUGAUAAUAUAGCCUCGGGCGAGGAACAAAAUAUGCUACGGUAUUAUUACUACCUACGCUACGGUAUAGAUACAAUACAUGUAGCGCCUUUGGAUAAUAAAAUAAUAUUAAGAGUACACAACUUAAUUUCUCCAAAACUAAAGAAAUGGAAAGAAACAUUAUUUACAUGCACAGAUGAAAUGCGUGAGGAUUUCAUGAUGAGCAUGAAGAAGGCUAUUGUAGAUUUCGUACUUAAAGAUCCUAAUACGGAAGAGUCCCUCGAAGAAGAAGAUACGCCUUUGAAACAAGAAAUGGCUAAAAAAGAUGACGCUUGGAGAAAUCGUUACGCUCUGGCACAUAGCUAUCUCACGAAACAGCUUCAUACUGUAAACCCUUGCAUCGCCCAAGUAUUACAAAUUUGGUAUAGGCAGUUUAAUGAUUUAAGGUUGAUCAGUAUGAAAGAUAUAAUGACAACGAACGAGGCCUACGAGUUGCAAGACUUUUGUUUUAUUUGCAAGAGACAUAUCGAUGCUGCCGGUACAGUACUUUUACACCAGUGGAUUCCUACAAUUCAAGCGGUUUUUCUUCAGGGGAGUAAAAAGAAACAAAUCCCCGAUCCUAAGCAAGUGUCUAAAAUGAAGCAUUUUUACAACUGUUUGGCGUGUAUUAUGACUUAUAAUCUUCAAACGCUAUGUCUAAAGUCAAUGAAGGAGUUUACAGAUUAUAUUAUGGAUGUUGGUGGUAACAACCAAGGCUUCGUUAUUAAUUUGAAAUUUGCAAAUGACGCGAUUGAGUUCGAUCCUACUUUUAAACAGUUUAGGGAUCAACUAAACCUAUUGUAUGAUUUCUUAAUGGAUGCAUGUCGCCAAUCACCACGACUUGAAACUCUUUUGUAUCAAGAUUAUAGUACAGAGAAUAGGAUUACAUUGAAGCCUAUAAUUGACCAAAAUCUCAUGGAAGAUUAUAAGAAGCUCAUAUCUGAUUUGAUAGCAGAACAAAGAAUUGCUCCGGAAUUACGUGUCCAAGAUUUUGAUGAUUACGUGUGUUUAUUGAACGGACAGAGUAUGGAAGAGGUGCAAACAUUUUUAAAUAGUGAGAAAACCUUCGAAGACUAUUGUGCAGAGGCAGUGAAAUAUGUGGAACUUGCUCGUGAAAUACCUUCUAAACUAGAGGGUACAAUUGUCAUAGGCAUGUUUCAAAUGCAACGUGGAGAACUUAUUACUUCGUUACGCACUGGAGCCACACGGCUGGCAAACACUUUAUUGAGGAGAAUGACUGAAGACUAUCAAACCAAUGUUAAAGCCAUCUAUGAUGAGUAUUAUGGAAUCUCGACUAAACUGUUGACUCCGCCGGCCGACACAGCUGCUCUGAUGGACCUGAUAGCCUACAUCAAGACUGUAGAAGACACGAUCGUGACAGAAAUGGAGGACAAGUUACGAGACGUGAUGCAAUACAUCGUGUUCUUAGGGGACUACACCACGUUCACACCGCUGGAGAUAAAGGCGAACAAUCAGUGCUUUCAUUGGUAUGCCCGUUUGCCAGGGAUUAUCGAAGAAUCAAAGGUUAUAUGUGACCACAAGAAGAUUGAAUACCAGGAGUUACUGAAGGUUCGCAUCGCCAAGUUUAUUGAAGACUUGGACAUAUAUGAGAUACAGUGCAACGAAGUACAGUAUUGGGGUGAGAUUGAAGAACUACCAAAAUAUGUAACUCGUGCUCGACAUUUAGAUGAAAAGUUAGCGACUGCACUAGCAAGAAUUGAUCAAUUCAACGAAGAAGAGGCUUCGUUUGGUUGGGAAAUCUCUCAGUAUCCUAAGAGAAAAAAUGUCUAUGACAGAUUGGUGCCAUUCAAAAAGCUUUUUGACGCUGGCUACGAUUUCUUACAGAAGCAUCAUGAAUGGAUGUCGUCCAGGGCUAGAAGUUUUGAACCCGAAGACAUAGAAGGUGAUGUGAGUUAUUACUACAAGAUUGUAUACAAGUUGGAAAAACAGUUUCAAGAUGUUCCGGACACCUUCCGUCUUGCAUCGUCCGUUAGACAACGAAUGGAUGAUUUCAAGACAAAUGUGCCUAUAAUACAAACACUAGGAAACCCUGGCAUGAAGCCGCGACAUUGGGAGAAGAUAUCAGAAAUUGUUGGGUUCCCUAUUGUGGUCGAUGAUGAACUGACUUUGGAGAAGGUGAUAGAUUUCAACCUGGUUGAUUACAUAGAGAAGUUCGAGAAUAUAUCGGAAGCUGCUACCAAAGAAAAUAACCUCGAGCGAGCGCUUGACAAGAUGAUGAAGGAAUGGGCAGAUCUUAGAUUCGAGAUAUUAGUUUACAAGGAUACUGGAACAUACAUUUUAUCAGGUGUCGACGACAUUCAGCUACUAUUGGAUGAUCAUAUUGUUAAGACCCAGACUAUGAAGAAUUCUCCAUACAUCAAACCAUUUGAAGAGAUUAUAUACGACUGGGAGGGUAAAUUAGUUUUGCUGCAAGAAAUUUUAGACGAAUGGCUGAAAGUUCAAGCUACAUGGAUGUAUCUAGAGCCCAUUUUCUCAUCACCCGAUAUACAGCAACAAAUUCCAGAAGAAGGACGAAGAUUCAGUGCCGUGGAUAAGAUGUGGCGAGAGAUAAUGAAGGCAGCCUUUACUGAGCCUCGGGUCCUUGACGUUAUCAAAAUAGAAAAGAUGUUGGAUCGUCUAAAGAAAUCAAACAAUUUGCUCGAGAUGGUCCAGCGAGGCUUGAAUGCUUAUCUGGAGAAGAAACGUUUGUACUUCCCACGCUUCUUCUUCUUGUCUAAUGAUGAGCUGCUUGAAAUUCUGUCCGAAACCAAGGAUCCGAUGCGCGUACAGCCUCACUUGAAAAAAUGCUUCGAAGGUAUUGCGAAACUUACUUUCACUGAAGAAAUGGUUGUAACUCACAUGCGGUCGUCUGAAGGAGAAGUUGUCCCUCUCACUAUAACUAUAAACACUGCAGCUGCAAGAGGACAGGUAGAGAAAUGGUUGUUGGAACUGGAGAAGGCGAUGAAAGCAUCCGUCCAUCACGCUGUAACAGUCGCCUAUGAUGAUUACUUGCAGCAGCCACGUGAAAAAUGGGUGAUCACGUGGCCAGGACAAGCUGUACAAUGUAUAGCGAUGACUUUCUGGACGUCGGAAGUUACAGAAGCGAUACACAUAAGCCUUGCCGCAAUGAACCAGUAUUGGCACAAGUGUAAUUUUCAAAUAUCCAAGAUUGUCGACUUGGUACGAGGCGAGCUGAGCUUGCAGAAUAGGAUCACACUCGGAGCGUUGGUAGUACUGGAUGUCCACGCAAGAGAUGUGUUGAUGUUGCUUAUAGAAUGUGAAGUGCAACAAGACAAUGACUUCAACUGGCUUUCACAAAUAAGAUACUAUUGGGAGGAGCAAGAAGACUUAUCGUGGCAGUGCGCUACUCGCAUGAUAAACUCACAGCUAAUGUAUGGGUACGAGUACCUCGGUAAUGCAGGGCGGCUGGUGGUCACCCCCCUUACUGACCGCUGCUUUAGGACGCUAUUUGGCGCUUUGCAUCUUAAUUUAGGUGGAGCUCCUGAAGGUCCAGCUGGCACUGGUAAAACUGAAACAACAAAGGAUUUGGCGAAAGCAGUUGCCAAACAGUGUGUUGUGUUCAAUUGCUCUGACGGACUUGAUUACCUGGCUCUGGGAAAAUUCUUCAAGGGGUUAGCCUCAUGCGGUGCCUGGUCAUGCUUCGACGAGUUCAACCGAAUCGACCUGGAGGUGCUUUCUGUGGUCGCCCAACAGAUUCUCUCCAUCCAACGAGGAAUCAACUCCGGUGCAACAGAACUGCUGUUUGAAGGAACGUUACUACAACUUGACAAAACUUGUGCAGUAUUCAUCACGAUGAACCCUGGUUACGCUGGUCGUUCGGAGCUACCUGAUAAUUUGAAGGCCCUGUUCCGUUCCGUGGCCAUGAUGGUGCCAGACUAUGUGCUAAUAUCUGAGAUUGAGCUAUACGCGUUCGGGUACUUGAACGCUAAACCGCUGGCCGUCAAGAUCGUAGCCACCUAUAAACUUUGUUCAGAACAACUAUCCUCACAGAGUCACUACGAUUAUGGUAUGCGCGCCGUCAAGUCGGUGCUGCGAGCGGCCGGUGCACUCAAGUUACGCUAUCCCGAUGAAGACGAAGAUCUCAUUUUGUUGCGCUCCAUCAAAGACGUCAAUCUACCCAAAUUCCUGGAACAUGAUGUACCUUUGUUCAUGGGUAUCAUUGGAGACUUGUUCCCUGGCUUGCCACUUCCUGCAGCCGGGUUACCGCAUCUAGUCGCGAGUCUCAUUGAAGUUUGUGUACCGCUCAACUUGCAACCAAAUGACUUCUUCAUCGAAAAGGUUCUACAACUGUAUGAAAUGAUUCUGGUGCGGCACGGUCUCAUGUUAGUUGGACUACCGUUUUCGGGCAAAACUAAAUGCUAUCAUGCCCUUGGAUAUUCAUUGAAGGAUGUAUCUGAAAAGGGUUUAAUGGCUGAGAAUGCUGUUGAAUGGACAGUAAUAAAUCCUAAAUCUAUUACAAUGGGCCAGUUGUAUGGGCAGUUCGAUCCCGUGUCACACGAGUGGUCUGACGGAAUUCUGGCCGUCAGUUACAGGGCUUUUGCUGUUUCUACUAAUGACAAUAGAAAAUGGCUGGUAUUUGAUGGUCCAGUAGACGCGAUUUGGAUUGAAAACUUGAAUACUGUCCUUGAUGAUAAUAAAAAAUUGUGUCUAAUGAGCGGUGAAAUUAUUCAAUUGGCACCAACGACUAAUCUUGUGUUUGAGCCUAUGGACUUGGAAGCUGCUUCACCAGCAACUGUGUCUCGAUGCGGCAUGAUCUACCUUGAACCAAAGGGACUCGGCUGGAAAGUGUUGAUGGAAUCCUGGCUUAAUGUUCUCCCUCCCUCUCUACACACGGUCAAUCGUUCCCAUAUUAGGAACAUGUUCAACCGUUUCCUGCCCCCACUGCUAUGGCUUGUCGAAUUAUCUGGAAAGUCGCGGCAAAUGUAUGUCACCUCGCGAACAAAUCUAGUUGUGGCAUGCAUGAAUCUUUUUGAUUCAUAUAUGGAUGACUUCUAUGAUGAAAAGUUCAUGGAGCAGAUUUCAGAUCUCGACAUUAGAGCUCAACUUGAGGGCGUAUUCUUCUUCUCGUGUAUUUGGUCUAUCGGAGCAACGAUCGAAGCUGAUAGUCGCCCUCGUUUCGAUAUGAUGUUCCGAGGACUACUAGAUAAAGAAUUUCCUGAAAAGGUAAUUGAAAUCCUUGGCUAUCAUAAACAAAUAGCAAAACCAGAGAAACAAUAUAUUUUCACAAUUCCAAAAGAAGGCAUGGUAUUUGACUAUCGGUAUAUUAAGGAAGGUAAAGGAAAAUGGAAACCAUGGAAUGAUGACGUAGUGUCUGCUCCUGCGAUCAGUAGAGACACACCACCCAAUCAGAUCCUGGUUACUACCUUAGACAGUGUUCGAUACCUUGCGCUCUUUAAGCUUCUGGUAUCGCACCAUAAGGCCGUAAUGAUGGUUGGCCCCACUGGCACUGGAAAGUCUUCGUACAUCAUUGAAUUCCUUGUAAAAAAAGUCGAUACUAAGGUGUAUAAGGCAUUGAUUAUGGCGUUCUCCGCACAGACCAAUUGUAAUCAAACACAAGAUAUCAUCAUGGGAAAGCUGGAUAAAAGGAGAAAAGGUGUUUUUGGUCCACCUAUUGGUUGUUACGCCGUGGUUUUCGUGGAUGACGUGAGCAUGCCUCAGGCAGAGACGUAUGGCGCCCAACCACCAAUUGAAGUACUACGUCAGGGCAUAGAUCUUGGACUCUGGUACGACCGCAAAACUAAUGUUGCUAUGCAUCUUAUCGAUGUUCAGUUUAUGUGUGCUAUGGGUAAACCGAUGCCAGGAGCUAAACUUAUAACACCGAGAUUCACACGACAUUUCUCAUUUUUCUGUAUUGAUGAAUUCGAUGAGGAAACUCUAAUGUGCAUCUUCAGCAGGAUCAUGCUAUGGCAUCUUGAUACUCGAGGCUUUUCCAAGGACUUUGAUCCCUGUAUUGAUGAAAUUGUAAGUGGGACGUUGGAGGUAUAUAAGGAAUGCCGAUUAAAUUUAUUGCCCACGCCAUCGAAGUCCCACUACACCUUUAAUUUGCGGGACUUCUCCAGAGUUAUAUUGGGCGUACUACUCUCAGUUCCCGAAGUAACUCCCGACCUUCAAUCAAUGAAGAGGCUUUGGGUUCACGAGUGUCUUCGAGUGUUCUCUGAUCGUUUGGUUGAGGACGCGGAUCGUAGGUGGCUGGUGAACUGCCUUCGACAAGCUACAACAAACCACCUUAAUGAUAAUUUUGAAAAGAUGCUGUCUAGACUGCUUGACGGACCGAAUGACAAGGUUAUUACCGACCUACAUCUUCGAAAAUUGAUAUAUUGUGAUUUCGCAAACCCAAAAGUUGACACACGGUUCUAUAUGGAGACAACGAAUUUUGAUCAUCUGAGCUCUACUGUCGAAGCCUUCCUCGUGGAGUUUAAUAAUAUGUCGAAGAAACCAAUGAAUCUUGUAUUGUUCAGGUUUGCUAUCGAGCACGUGUCCCGUAUCUGCCGCGUGUUGACCCAGCCGCGCUCGCACGCGUUGCUCGUGGGGCUCGGCGGCUCGGGCCGACAGUCGCUGACACGCCUCGCGGCACAUAUCAACGAGUACGACCUCUUCCAGGUUGAAAUGAGCAGAACCUACGGUAAGACUGAAUGGCGUGAAGACUUAAAAACGUUGUUAAGAAAGUCGAGUACUCCAGAAUUGCACAUGGUUUUCCUAUUCAUAGAGUCUCAGAUAAAAGAAGAAGGCUUUCUGGAGGAUGUUAAUAAUAUGCUGAACUCUGGGGAAGUGCCCAAUAUCUUUACCUCCGAUGAAAAGGCAGAACUUUGCGAAAAAAUGAGAGUUAUUGACCGACAGCGCGAUAAGUCGUUGCAAACCGAUGGCAGUCCAACUGCGCUUUAUGCAUAUUUUGUAUCUAUAGUCCGGGAUCAGUUGCAUAUUGUACUUGCGAUGUCGCCCGCAGGUACCUCACUGCGUACUCGGAUCAGAAAAUUCCCUGCUCUCGUCAAUUGUUGUACUAUAGAUUGGUUCCAGGAGUGGCCACCAGAUGCCUUAUUGGCAGUAGCGACACGGUUUUUGAAAGAAAUCGAACUCACUGAUUUGGAACGCGAUACCGCCAUUAAACUUUGCCAGGUUUUCCACACCGAUACACAAGAACUUACCAGACAGUUUUUGAUCCGUCUCAAAAGAUAUAACUACGUUACGCCUACAGCUUACUUGGAACUGAUCAACAUGUUCAAGUCAUUGCUCACCAGGAAACGCACGGAACUGCUAACAGGAGAGCAACGAUAUCUGAUGGGUUUAGAUCAACUCGCUAUUGCGGCAAAAUCAGUGGCUGCUUUACAAGAAGCUUUAGAAAUACUGCAGCCUAAAUUAGCUGCAGGAGCUGCCGCUGUAGCAGAAACAACUGCUAAAGUGGAAAAGGAAAAGGAAGGAGUAGCGUUGGUGGAAGCUGAGGUGUUAGUGGAUCAAGCUGCUGCAGCUGAACAGGCGCAAGAGGCUCAAGGUAUUAAAGAUGAGUGUGAUGCCGAUCUAGCAGAAGCCAUGCCGAUCCUUAACUCGGCCUUAGCUGCUCUAGAUACACUUACUCCUCAGGAUAUUACUUUCAUCAAAACUAUGAAGAGUCCUCCGCGAGGCAUCCGACUUGUCAUGGAAGCUAUAUGUAUUUUAAAGGAAGUGAAACCGGAUAAAGUACCGAAUCCAUCAGGAGUAGGCACUAUCGAAGACUAUUGGGGUCCAUCAAAGAAACUUCUGAAUGACAUCAAGUUUCUGGAGUCGCUGCAAAACUACGAUAAGGACAAUAUUCCACCGCCAGUAAUGAAAAAGUUGAUGACAACUGUAAUGCUAGAUGAAGGCUUUGUGCCUGAGAAGAUCCGCUCCGUAUCAGUGGCCGCCGAAGGUAUGUGCAAAUGGGUGAUUGCAAUGACUAAGUACGACAAAGUGGCUAAAGUAGUGGCACCAAAGAAACAGAGGCUAGCUGCUGCGCAAGCUGUCUAUGAUAAGGCCAUGGCCGCGCUCGCUAUUAAACAGGCGCAAUUAGCAGAGGUGCAACAAAAAUUGAGAAGAUUAGAAGACGCUCUCGCUGCGCAGAGUCGUCAACAAAAGAUUUUGGACGAUGAAGUAAUGGAUUGCAGUAAUAAGUUAAAACGUGCGGAAAUGCUGAUCUCGGGACUCGGUGGCGAGAAGACCCGAUGGACACAGAUAGCGAAAACGUUGCGCGAAACCUAUAACUCUCUAACAGGAGACAUAUUAAUUGGCGCUGGUGUAAUAGCAUACCUUGGACCAUUUACUGCGGCUUUUAGAAAUGAUCAAAUAAAAGCAUGGGCACAUGCAUGUCACAACUGCGGUCUAGUGUGUACGCUGGAAUUCGAUCUGAUCAAAUCGCUGGGUGAACCAGUCGUAAUUCAACAAUGGAAUAUAGAUGGGUUGCCUGCCGAUGACUUUAGUGUUUCCAGUGCUAUAAUCAUUAUGGCUGCAAGGCGUUGGCCGUUGAUGAUAGACCCUCAAGGACAAGCCAACCGCUGGAUCAAGAAUAUGGAAAAACCAAACAAUCUAUGUAUCGUGAGAUUAUCACAAGCUGACUUAGGAAGAGUUUUGGAAAAUGCUGUGCAGUUUGGGCAACCGGUCUUACUGGAAAACGUUGGAGAGGAAUUAGACCCAAUGUUGGAACCGUUGCUCCAGCAACAAACUUUCCGACAAGGAGGUGCAUUGUGUAUAAAAAUUGGGGACACUAUUGUUGAGUACAAUAAAGAGUUCAAGCUAUAUAUAAGCACUAAAAUGGCAAAUCCACAUUAUUUACCCGAAGUGGGAGUCCGGGUAACUUUAGUUAAUUUCAUGUUAGCUAAAGAUGGCUUACAAGCUCAGCUACUAGCAAGAGUGGUGGCCAGAGAAAGACCUGAUUUGCAACAAGCUAAAGCAGAUUUGACUACACAAGGUGCUGAACAUCGAAGACUUUUGCAGGAAAUCGAAAGGAAGAUUCUUACAGUUUUGUCUACAUCUGAACAUUUGUUGGAGGAUGAAGAGGCUGUACAGAUUCUGAACUCAGCUAAGGAUACAUCGAAUGAGAUUAAGGAGAAGCAAGAAGUAGCGAUGAUAACUGAGCAAGCAAUUGAUGUGGCGCGAGACGACUAUGUGCCCAUCGCUGCUCACUCCACCAAUUUGUUUUUCCUUACUGCUUCCUUGGCACACAUCGAUCCCAUGUAUCAGUACUCAUUGGGCUGGUUUGAAGGCCUAUUUACGUCGUCGAUCGACAACACUGAGAAGGUGGACGAAAUACCUGAGAGACUUCAAAUUUUACGUGAUUAUUUCACGUACUCACUGUACUCCAAUAUCUGCAGAAGUCUCUUUGAAAAGGACAAGAUUGUAUUUUCCCUGCUACUGACGGUAACAAUAUUGGUUGCGGAGGACCUUUUGGAACAGUCGGAUGUGCUAUUUUUGAUGGGCGGAGGACAUGCGCGUAACAUUCCACCCAACCCUGUAACUUUCCUCAGCCCACAGGCCUGGAUGGACUUCAACGCAUUGAACGAAAUACCCAAGUUCCAUGGCAUCCUGAAUCACUUUAUGAAGCAUAUACCACAGUGGGAGGUAUAUUGUAAUGAUCCUUCUCCGCAGACCACACCUUUGCCAGCACCAUAUAAUAAAUUGAGUGACUUUGAGAAACUUUGCGUCUUACGAUGUUUGCGCCAAGAUAUGAUGGUGCCUGCUUGCCAGGGAUUUGUUGCAAAGGAAAUGGGAAAUAGAUUUGUGGAGCCGCCCCUGUUUGACCUCGCGUCGUCAUACGCAGAUUCACAUUGCUGUAUUCCACUGUUAUUCGUGUUGACACCUGGAUCCGAUCCUAUGGGAACACUCCUCAAGUUCGCUGAUGAUCAGGGUUUCGGCUCUUCGCGUCUAUUCUCACUGUCACUGGGCCAAGGGCAAGGUCCUAUCGCAGUCAAACUCAUUGAAGAAGGAGUUCGUAGUGGCACUUGGGUGGUGUUACAGAACUGUCAUCUGGCCAAAAGUUGGAUGCCUAUGCUGGAAAAGAUUUGCGAAGGUUUAAAUCCCGAUAAUACACAUCCUGACUUUCGACUAUGGCUAACUUCGUACCCCGCCGAUCAUUUCCCGGUGUACGUGCUACAGAACGGUGUUAAAAUGACCAAUGAGCCACCGCAAGGUCUUAGAUCAAACAUUGCGCGUUCGUACCAAAGCGAUCCGAUCAACGAUGCAGAAUGGUUUGAAGGCAACAACCAAAGUGAGAAGUUCAAGAAACUAUUAUUUGCCCUGUGCUUUUUCCACGCUGUGGUGCAAGAAAGACGACAGUUCGGACCACUCGGUUGGAACAUUCGUUACGAGUUUAAUGAGACCGACUUGCGGAUAAGUGUCACGCAACUUUAUAUGUUCCUGAAUGAAUAUGAGGAUAUCCAAUUUGUGGCGCUUCGUUAUCUUACUGGCGAAUGUAAUUACGGUGGACGAGUCACAGAUGAUUGGGAUAGAAGGUGUCUUAAUACUAUACUCUACAAGUUCUACAACCCAAGAACUACGGACGAAGAUAAAUACCCACUGGAUCCAUCAGGUAUAUACUACAUACCAAACCUAAAGGAACAUUCAGACUUCAUACAUUUCGCACGGUCACUACCAGCGCAAACUCCACCCUCUGUGUUUGGGUUCCACUCUAACGCGGAUAUAACCAAGCAUUACCGAGAGGCAGAAGAAUUGUUAAGUACGGCUAUACUGACACAGGAUACUAUGACUGCUGGAGCAGCGGGAGCUACUCCAGAAGAGCAAGCCAUGGCGAUAGCUGAAGAUGUACUUGCUCGUCUACCGAAAGAGAUCCUAACGGGGCCUUCGCAUGAGGGCGACAUAAAGCCUGCCGACAUGACCCCAAUGUCUAUUGUAGUCAUUCAAGAGGCCGCCAGAUAUGACCGUCUCGUCAAAGUUGUAAGAUCCAGCGCAGUAGCCGUCAUUGGAGCCGUACAAGGUGUAAGCGUGUUAAACGAUAUAACUGAAGAGGUUCUGCAAAGCAUGGUCCGCGGUCGUAUUCCUUCGCUGUGGGCUGGCAAGAGCUACCCGUCGCUCAAGCCGCUUGCUGCUUACUUUGAUGACCUUCUUGCGAGAUUAGCGUUUUUACAGCACUGGCACACAAAUGGUCCUCCUGUGGUAUUCUGGCUGUCGGGCUUCUACUUCCCACAAGCGUUCCUAACGGCGGCGCAGCAGAGCUACGCCCGCAAGUACAAGAUACCUAUAGAUCAGCUCGCCUUCCACUACGCUGUUCAAAAAGAGUGGAAUAUCAAAGAAGUACCUGAAGAAGGCGUGUAUAUUAAUGGUCUGUUCAUGGAAGGUGCGCGCUGGAACAUGGAUAUAAUGUGCGUCGACGAGUCCCACCCUAAAGUACUUUACGAUGAAUUCCCACCGGUGUGGUUGAUACCAUUGAAGACUGUUGACAUUCCUAAGGAUAUAUUUUACAACUGUCCUCUAUAUAAAACCGGCGAUCGACGCGGUGUGUUGUCCACUACCGGUCACUCCACUAACUAUAUCCUGUUCAUGCGCCUGCCUACAGAGGAAACACCUGAUCAUUGGAUCAUGAGAGGUGUUGCGCUACUGACACAGCUACCUUUCUAG